AUGGUGAGCAGCGCCUGCAACUGCAACCUCUACGCCAGUAUCGCCAAGCUCGCCGACACCUACGUCCUAGCCGGUGCGAACUUAGACACGCUCAUCCUUCACACCAUGCCCUCGACGGCGGCAGCCUGCGACCGGCUUCCUCCUCCACCUGCCACCGGCCGGCUCCGUCGGUCCAUGCAUCAAAAUCAAUCGCGCGGAGACGACGGGAACGACGCCGCCAGAGCUGCCCCGCCCGCGAUCGCCGCCCACCGCGCCGCCGCCACCGCUCGCCGUCGCCCGCCGCCGUCCACGCGCGCCGUCCGCUCAGCUGCGCCGCCGCCCACCGCCACGCCCGCGCGCCGCGCUGCUGUCCGCUGCGCCGUCCGCCUCGCCGCCGUCCGCCCGCCGCCGUCCGCCGCAGCAUCGCCGUCUACCGUGCCGCUCGUCGCCGUCCGCCGUGCCGCCCGCCGCGCGCCUCCUCUCCGCCGCGGCGCCAAGAUUAAUUAG